AUGGGUAGCACAUUUUCCUCUUGCCGCUGCCUCGAGAUAGAUCGGUUGGCCGAUUACGCCACCGAGUUUCGCCCGGGACGGAAAGAGGACAGCCACCCUGGUGAACAACUCGACCAGCGGGCGGGCGACAACGCGAGCGACUCUAGCCGGGUGAUCUACGAAGGCGAAUACAAAAACGGAAAGCGGCAUGGAUUCGGUGUCCUCAUUCGGCCGUGCGGAUCGAGGUUCGAAGGCUACUUCGUCGACGACGCCGCCAACGGACCCGGGAAGUUCAUUCACCCUUCUGGGGAUGUGUACGAGGGGCAGUGGAAAGACAACCAGGCCCAUGGCACGGGGACGUUCACGCAUUCUGACGGAUCCUCCUACGAAGGGCAGUGGGUCAGUGACGUUCAAGAAGGCAUCGGCCGCGAGCGCUGGAUGGACGGUUCUUCGUACGAAGGCAACUACAAGGCGGGGCUGAAGAGCGGCACGGGAAAGUUCACCUGGCCAGACGGCAGCAGCUACGAGGGUCAGUUCUUCCAGAACGACAUCCACGGCGAGGGAACCUACGUUUGGACUGACGGCAAGAGCUACUCAGGCAAGUCAACAGCGCCCGAGAAGGCGAACGAGGGGGCGAGAGCGCUGGAAACCGACGCAGCGGCGCGGGCUUCGAGGGCGGCGAAGAACCACGUUCGACAGUGGUUCAGAAACCACAUGCAUGGGAAAGGGCGAAUGACGUUCCCUGAUGGCCGCAUGCAUGAAGGCGACUACGCCGACGAUCGCAAACACGGAAAAGGCCGUCUGACCUGGCCAGAUGGAAGGUCGUUCGAAGGGGAGUGGAGGGAAGGGCGCCAGGUGCCGGGCGUCGGCGUCUACCGCGACGGAGCGGGGCGCGAAAUCCCCAACCCCGCCGCUCGUCCCUCAGGGCCAGGAAGCCACACAAACCCCGGGGGGUCCCUCACGCAAGGAUCUCCCGAUGUCCUGUCGGAUUCGAGCAAAGCGGGUUCGAGCAGGGUGAAAGGCGAGGCAGAGGAGCGCGGCCGAAAAAAGAGCCUCUUCUCGAUCAGCCACAAUCACCAGCGGCGAAGGAGUGCGGAGGCAUCUGGAUCGUCAACGGGAGGCGCGUGGAUGCGGCGGCGCAGCGACAGCCGCGCUUCCUGCCUGUCUCCGAGGCAAGGCGAGAGAGGCGCAGUCUGCGAAGAGAGCGGCAGCUCCUCAGAGCGAGGGCCCGGUACGAGCAGCGUGGACUUGCGGGCCGGGCCCUCUCGAAAGCUAGAGGUGUCUCCUGAGAGCCAAGCAAGGGCGGCGAGCGGGAAGAAGCGAAGAGACUUCUCGCACGUGUUCAGGUUUGGCCGGAAGAAAGCGGGGUCAGGGUGA